CAUGGUAACAAUUUAUCAGCUCCCGCGAGCUUAGCUGGCUAGUCUGGGAAAAAAACUAGAUUGUACCAAAAAGAGGUUUAGAGGAAGAGAAGCAACUAGGAGGGGAAGGAUGAGCCAUAAGAACUAUCAGUCAAUCUUGCCAUGUAGCAACAAGCUAUUAAAGAAGCAAUGGGACACUAGCUACUAUGAGGAACACAGGAGAAGGGUUAGGGCAAUGCGACCUAUGGUUGAUACAAAAUCACCUGCAGUUCAUUCUCAUGUCGUGGAAAAGCAGAAGAAGAAACAACUUGAAGCAGAAAGAAAAGAAAUCAUUGAAAGAGACAACCUGACUCUAUUAAGAAAGAUGAACCACAUAAUGUCUUCCUCUUCAAGCAAAGGGAUUGACCAUCGUAACAGCUACAGACAUCACAGCUUAAAUGAGGAGAGGAGAGAAAGAGAGAUGGAAAGAGUACAGAAAGAAAACGAGUCUUUGUUAAAAAGGAUACAGCAAGUCAAGCCAGUCUAUAGAGUUGAUGAUCAUGUGGAGUCAUGGAGGAGGAAUGCAGAACUAACUGAAAUGAUAUCAUCAUAUCCCGAGCUACCAAGACCAAGGCAUAGAACAGAAAAGUCUAAAACAAGGCCACCAACAAGAGAAGGAGAAAAAGUGGAGGAGGAGGAGCAAAAAUAAACUUGAGGCAUCAAAUUGUUACACAUGACUUUUAAAGACAUGCUUAAAAUUUAAUGUUUUAUGCUUAAAUAAAUCAUAAAAGUACAGUAUGUCUAUUGUGGCUUAGUGAGUA